AUGUCUGAAAUUGAGCUGCAGAGCAAGAUGAAGCCGGAAGGGGAUGGCCAUGAGCCAAGGACACCCCAGGACCUUCUGCAGAGACUCCGGGAGCUAGAGGCAGAGAAUUUGGCUUUGGUGCAAGCCAAUGAGAACCAGCGGGAAACCUACGAACGCUGCCUGGAUGAGGUAGCCAACCACGUGGUGCAAGCGCUGUUAAAUCAAAAAGAUCUCCGUGAAGAAUGCAUAAAGCUGAAAAAACGGGUCUUUGACUUGGAGCGGCAAAACCAGGCUCUCAGUGAUCUUUUCCAUCGAAAGCUGACUUCUGGGUCUCUCUCCCAGACUCCAACCCAUCCAGCUUCCUUGCUCUCCAGUCCGACCCCAAUCUCCCAGCCAGGCACAGUAGAGAAGCUCCCGGUUUCAUUUCCCCUGGGACGGUGCCUCUUGCAGAGAGAGGUCAUCUCUGAGGAGCAUUGUCUGGAAAUCCCUGGAUCUAAUCCCCAAUCUCUGGAAGCUCUCUCCCCUUUCCUGCGAAAGAAGGCCCAAAUCCUGGAAGUGCUUCGUUCCCUGGAAGAGAUGGACCCACUGCUUGCCUUUCCUUCCCCUUGGAGGGACCCUGGGCAGCUGAGCUCUCCAGAGGGAGUGGCGGCCGAAGCUUGGCCGUGUCUGCUGCUGGCUCAGGGUGAAGGGGUGCCUGGGCAGCCUCCACUGAAAAGUGAGGGCAGCUCGUCCUCCUCCUCAGAUGAGGCCGGGGAACCUGAUCCUCCAGAGAAAGGACACCCGGGGCAGGUGUUGCUGAGUGCACUGGCUGAACACAAGCUAGAAUUAGGUGAGGUGGAGACGUACCUGCAGCAUGUCCUUCGGGAGGCUGGCGACAGUGCCCUGCUCAAUGGGGAGCCCAGUGGACCCUGCUUGAUGGGAAACCCUGAAGGGCAGGCCAGGAGCUACAAGCACAUCCAGGCUGUGAGUUGCCUAGAGGCUUUGGGGCCUCCCUCUCCCUGCAGGGAGCCAGCCUACCUGAGCGUCCUUGCAUCCAGCGAAGAGAAAGAUAAGUCUCGGCAAGGACUCCCGAUCCCCUCCCCCUCCAAGGUGCUCAAAUUGCUGAAAAUGCCACCGCCCCCUAGCCCUGCUGCCCUGCGCCUCAGCCCGCAGCUGACCCGCAGCUCCAAAAUCCCCUGCCGCAGUAACACCUACGAGGUGUACCACUCCCCGACGCCUAGCUGCAAGGGCUCCCCCGACAGCCCUUUCCCCGCGGACUCUGGCAUCGGAGGAGGACAUCCCUCCCCCAAGGCUGGCCGGCCCCUUAUUCCAGAGUCCCCCCCGAUCGCUCCCACGUUACCAGACCCUUUUGGGUACCACAAACCCCACGAGUACGAGAACAUCUUAGAGCUGACCCUCAGCACCGCCAUGAGCUCUCGGUCCCCCUCAUCCCGCGAUGCAAAACUGGAUGCACCUGAGGCACUCCUGCCUUCCUGCCGCUUGGCUCCUCUUCGGGCAGUGCCGCCUGGCGAGGUCUCGCUGGAGCCCUGCCCUGCCGGCAACCGAGAAAAGUCGGGCCCAGAGAACAGGCGCUCGCCGCCUCCGGCCCGCAGGAACCCCGACAACUCCAAGAGAGGCGCCAGCAGCUCUGCCAAGCGGACGCUCGAGGUGGCAGCCAGCAUGCCCUUCAAAGAGCGACUGACGGUGCUCGGGAGGUUAAAGGGGGCGGAGGGGAAAGAGGGACUGGGCUUUGAGAAGGGGAGAGCCCCCACCCGGCCAGGUGAGCGUGGGGAAAGCUUUCCCGACGCCCACCCCAGGCUGGGCUCUGGGAGCAGCAGCCUCAAGCACCCUGAGCCUUGCCAUGGGAAUGAAUCAACCCCUCGUUGCUACUCUUCCCAUUCUGUUGGUUCCCGCGGCAAUGAUUCUGAGCACCAGGGCUCUAGGAAUCGCUCCCUAGGAACGCCAGCGAACCGAAAUCCCUCCAAACCCCUGCCCCCUGGAAAGAAUGCCAAGAGUCCCCACGGGAGCCCGACUAAGUUACCUUCCAAGUCCCCAACCAAACCCCCUGCUCCAGAACCCAAGCCGUGCCUGCCCUCAGCCAAGGCAUCCAGCAGUUUUGGGCGCAAAAACCCCUCUGGCCCGGACCAGGCCAAGGGCAAAGCUGGGCCUCCCGCCAGUAUUGAAGAAAAGGUGAUGAAAGGCAUUGAAGAGAAUGUCUUGCGAAGGCACAAAGGUGGGCCGGCUGCAGGAGAGACCAAGCAGAAGAAUUCGAGCGGUCUUGCCAGUUGGUUUGGCCUGCGUAAGAGCAAGCUGCCGGCCCUCAGCCGGAGGCCGGAGACUCCCAAAGCCAAGGAGAGCAAAGCCGUCUCACGCAAGCUGGAGUCCGAAAGCUUGAACAUUUCCAAGCUCAUGGAGAAGGCAGAGGACCUGCGCAAAGCCCUGGAGGAAGAGAAGGCCUACAUCAAUGGGCUGGCCUUGGACAAGCCUCGGUCCCACACCUGUGACGCCGGACACAGCCAGCUCACCCUCAUGUACCAGGAGGUGACUGCAGAGAACUUCAUGCAGCAGCUGCUCAAUAGGGUGGAUGGGAAAGAGGCACCAUGUGAGACUCAUCUGGAGCAGAAGAAUGAGCUACAGGGCCUGCAAAGAGGCCUGCGUGAUGCCAAAGAUCCCCGCCUUAUCCGGCCGCCACGCAAUGGCAUUGUUGGGCACCUCCAUGCCUGUCCGGAGGCUCCAGACAAGCUUCACGAAGCUGCCUUGCGGGAAGAGCUGCCAUCUGAUGACAGCUUGGCUGAACUGGUAACCUCCCAGCACUUUGCCGUAUGUAGCUCCUUGACACGGACUCUGGAUAGUGGUAUUGGCACAUUCCCCCCUCCUGACUACUGCAGUGGGAUGCCCUGCAAGAGUGUCCCGAAACUGAGACCUCGAUUGGAUCCUCCACCAGCAGGACCUCUCCCACCUAGAGGUCCCCCACCUGUCACCAGAGUGCCCCGCAAAGCCCGAACGCUGGAAAGGGAGGUGCCAAGCACAGAGGACUUGAUGGGGCCUAGCAAGCACCAAAGCAUGCCAGCUUUCCAUGGCAUCUUAACCAGUGCAGAGCCAGCCCUCAACCGCCAUGAUCGCAGAGGCUACCUGCAAGAUCUCUGCAGCGAAGCCAGCAAUCCCCGGCGUAUCCAACAUGGCAAGAAUUGGACUUUCCCUAAUGCCAAAGCAUCAGCGGGCAUGGAUCCCUUUCUCUGCUCUCCUGACAGGCUGGAAGAGCUCCAUGGUUCUGCAAUGGGCUCAACUUGUAAUGUGGUCGAGAGAAGACGGGCUUCCUCAGAAGGACCUCAGGCCUCCCCAGCCUUCAGCACCAGCAGCAGCCGAACCCCCAGUGCUUCUGAUGUGGGUGAAGAGGGCAGCACAGAAGCCUGUUCCAGGGAUAUGGGUCCAGAGGGCCAGCCAGGCCUGGAGAACUCGGAGUCCCUCAGUGACUCUCUUUAUGACAGCUUAUCCUCCUGUGGCAGUCAGGGCUGAGCAUCUUGAGGAAGAAUGAGGGCAUUUGACUUCC